AUGGAGGAAGAACAUCUUAGGAUUGUAUUACAGAUAUUGAGGGCGCAAAAGCUGUUCACAAAGUUGUCAAAAUGUGAAUUUUGGGCAAAGAAAGUGACAUUUCUGGGGCAUGUUAUAACACAAGGUGGAAUAUUAGUAGAUCCCUCGAAGGUUGAAGUAGUGGUACAAUGGAAACAACCUUCGAUUGUUACAGGAGUCUGGAGCUUUCUUGGAUUGGCUGGAUACUACCAGAGGUUCAUUAAGGAAUUUUCACAGAUAGCACUACUUUUGACAUGUCUUACCAGAAAAGAAGUUCUGUUUGUAUCAAUGGCUGAAUAUGAAAGUAGUUUUGACACCUUGAAGGAAAAGUUAACUAUAGCGCUGAUGUUAGCGGCUACCAGACCCAUAAGAACCUUUUGA